GAACAGGAAUUAGAAACGUAACAGGGUUCUCUUUCUCUUUGGGAUUUGGGAAACUCUGAAUUCCAUUCCAACAGCAAGAACCCUAGAAGACCUCAUGUCGCUCUGCAACAAGUUUUGGAUUUUCUCCCUUGCUCUCUUCCUACUCUCUUCACCUCUACUCCAAGUUGCUAGGUGUCAGUCAGACUCAGAUGAGGCUGUGGAGACUGUUGAAGAAGUGAGUGAUAUUGGCAUUGUUGGUGACGAUGUUCAAGAUUUUGGUGAUGAGAACUUCCCUUCUGCUCCGGGAAUUGAGACAAUCUGUGUGUUCCCGAAGAAUAGUGCAAGAUUGAUAACAGCUGGGGAAGAGACAGAGCUGCUUGUUGGCAUGAAAAAUGAUGGGGAGUCGAGCUUGAAUGUUGUUGCAGUUAAAGCUAGUGUCCACCUUCCGUUUGAUCAUCGUUUACUUGUUCAAAAUCUUACUGCUCAGGUUUUCAACAAUAGGUCUGUGCCAGUUUCAACACAGGCUACUUUCCAGUAUAUAUUUGCUGUCAGCAAGUACUUGCAGCCCGGGACUUUUGAUCUUGUAGGCACCAUUGUGUAUGAGAUUGAUCACCAUCCAUACCAAAACACUUUCUACAAUGGCACUAUUGAGGUUGCCGAGGCUGGUGUUUUUCUAAGCAUGGAAUCUGUUUUUCUUGUUACUCUUGGAGCCGCCCUUCUUGUCCUCCUUGGGCUAUGGAUUCGUGGUCAAAUACAGCAUCUAACCAAGAAAACAAAAAGAUCUCCAAAAGUUGAAGUUGGGACUAGGACUACAGAUGCCUCAAUGGAUGAAUGGCUUGAGGGAACUGCAUAUACUCAGUCUCUGUCGAGCAAAUCUAAGAAGAAGAAGUAGACAAAUAAUUCUUCUCUAGUUCAGCUACACAAGACUACGUAGAGCACAGAAUCCUGUUAACUCAGACUAGGUUGGAACGUGCAAGAGACCACGAGCAAGUAGUUCUAAAAAUUAGGCUGAAAGGACCUGGCCUUUUGUUGUAGUUUAUGAGAGCAAUUUUAUAUUUAUUAUUCUUUGCACGAAAUUUAUCUUUUCUAAAAAAAAAAAAAACUAACAGUGAUCUGAGUUAGCAUACAACUUUGUGAACCGGCAGAGUUUUGUUAGAUUAUGUUAUUUUUAUCUGGAUUUGACAUACUUCCCAGGUUUCAUAGGCAUGUAAUAGCUUAUUUUUGGAUAAAAGUAAUGACAAGUAAUCAU